AUGUCAAUGAACGACAUAACUGAGAAAGUUAAGGAUAUCGAAGUUUAUUCUUCAGAUACUGAUUCUUCGGACAGUGAAUUUGAAAUAUCAGAAGGUCAAAAUGAUAGUGGUAAAUCGAAGACUAUAACAGAUAAAGGUGAAAUUAUUGCUAAAUACUCGGACAAGAUUAAAACUGAAGAUAUAAAGAAAGGUACAAAAGUAACGAAAGACAGAGCAAAUAGGGCUACGGUUGAACAGGUAUUGGACCCUAGAACCAUGAGAUUUCUUGCAAAGAUUAUCAAUAAAGGUGUUUUAUCAAGAAUAAAUGGAUGCAUCAGUACAGGUAAGGAAGCUAAUGUUUACCAUGGAGACCAUGAAAAUCCAGAAGUUUCGGAUAGAGAGUAUGCAGUAAAAAUUUAUAAGACUUCGAUUUUAGUCUUCAAAGACAGAGAAAGAUACGUAGAUGGAGAGUUUCGAUUCAGAAAUACGAAGAACCAAAGUAAUCCUAGAAAAAUGGUCAAAGUGUGGGCAGAGAAGGAAUUUCGUAAUUUAAAGCGGUUGUAUUUGAAUGGUAUUCCGUGUCCUGAACCAAUAGAAUUGAGGUCUCAUGUUUUGGUGAUGGAAUACUUAACAAAGGGUAACGCUCAACCUUCUCCUAAACUCAAAGAUCACCCAUUUAAAGACGUUGAAGAAAUUGUACACUACUAUCAUCAAAUGUUGUAUUAUAUGAGAAGAAUGUAUCAGGAAUGCAGGUUAGUGCAUGCAGAUUUAAGUGAGUACAACUCAAUUGUCCAUAAUGACAAAUUAUAUAUCAUCGAUGUUUCGCAAUCAGUCGAGCCAGAACAUCCUAUGGCAUUAGAUUUCUUGAGAAUGGAUAUCAAGAAU